UGUGUCAUCUUGCCAUUACUGGGAAUAUAACACAGAUAUUCCACAAGAGGAGCUAGUGUUCUUAACAGUUGGGUCAUCUCUCUCACUCCAAAAUUGUGGCAAAUUUCGAAUUAUCAUUAUAGGAUGAUAUAAUUUAAUAUAAAAUUAAGCUAAAUGUUAAGAGAAUAUUUAAAAUAAUGUCUUGAAGUGACAAAAUCCAUGCUCCCUUCUUUCUAAUUUUUUUGCCACUCAGCUCUAUGGCCGCUCUAGUCUUCCGGCAGGUGUUCAAUCUGCCCCUUUAACAAAUGUCUUCUUGGAUACCUAUUGGCUUUCAACUGCUUGAUGACAUCAUUCCCCCUCAGCCAAUAAGCACCAGAUAGAAUUUUGAGGUUACCUUGGAAAUAACUGACAAAACAUUUCUCAGUGCAGAGCAUCUUUUAUUCAGCACAGACGUGGAUCACUUAAUGUGAAACCUAACAACCCGUAUUCUCAUCCCUUUAUUCAUACCCUACUCCUUUUGAAACCUACAACCCGUUCUCUCAUUCCUUUGUCCCGAUCUACUCCUUUUGGACAUUGUUCCUGACUUGAAGAUGUCAGGCAAAAUUUUUGAACCUUGGCUCAUACACCAACAGAGCUAUCCAGGACUUUUCACUGCUAUGGACCCAAAUGAGAAAUGGGGCGCCAUCAGAACAUACAGAGAUGUUACUCUUCCACCCCAAGAACGUUUCCAAAUUUUAAUUCAUGUGGGGAUGAAUAUUGAGGUCAGCAAGAAAGUUCCAUUGAAAAUAUAUGUAGAUAUGAAGGAUGACCUCAUAAAGGUAGCAGCUGACCUCCAAAGAAAACAACUGGAAGAGGAAGCAUUUGUGGAGUACCACAAAUUUUUAACACUCUUUGUGGAGAAACUCAGAGAAGGCCCAGAAUACCUCAACUGCCUGUCCAAGGGAACAAGAUCCCAAAUCAACAAGACUAUAAAUAGAGUCUUUGUCAUUGCUGAGACUCUGAAGGGCAAACUCCUGACACAAUACAAUAAGGAGUAUGAAGGUUACCUGGCAGAUAAGAAAAAAAGAGAAGAGGAAGAGGCAGAAAAUAAGGCCUUUUGGAAAGACUUGAGGAAUACAAUCAGAAACUCCAAAGAUUUUGUCAAAUGGAGCUCUCUGGUGGAGAGACUGGUGGACGGGGCUGAGAAAGAUAGUGGAGAGGUCGGAUCCAGCCUGGCAUCAGCAUCAAAAAGUGCUGAAGAGUCUUUGGCAGAAAGCACUCCACAGGAAGCCUAUGAAGAGGUCACCCACAACACAUCCUCAGACAAGCAGGGUGGAGAGACUAACAUGAUGGAAAGUCCAGGUAAUUCACCACAGGUUCAUGACUUGGAAAGACUCAUGUGAAGUGGAAUCCAUUGCAUCUGGUCAGCCACACACACUUGAGACUGCAGCUCAGCAGGAAAGAGAGGAGCCACUAGUGACCAGGUGUAUGAAGUCCGGGGCACUGAGCAGCACAGAGCAAGAUUCAUCCCCUUUUCCUUGUCCUCAGUCUUUCAGUUCCCUGUAUCCACUUUGCUGUGGUAACAGAACCUAAUGUGAUUAGUGUUGUCACUCUCCUUCCUGCCACACUGACUAUCUUGCAAUAAUAGUCUUUAACUUAGUUUAAGUCACAUCAGUUUCUUCAAAACUUGUUGGAUUCAUGUCCUCAUCUUUUCAGUGCUCUGUAGAGAUUAGAGGAAGCACAUUAAGAAAUACUGAAUCGUCUCUCAUUGUAAGGAAUGUACUGUGAAUUUUUAAUUUCUAAAUGACUCAUCCAACAAUGUGAGAUGCAUUUUCACUCUGAACUCUUUGGGGAAGG